GCUGAGGGGGUGGAGAGAGCUGGGAAUAUCGUGGAAUAAAUCCUGGGUUUGAAGUAAAUGUCAGUCUAACCUUCUCUUGGUAGAAACCAACAGUAGCCUUCCUGGAAGAACUGUCUCUUCUCCUUGCUGCCUGGAGCUAACAUUGUCUCCUGCUGGCAGGAUCAGCGCCAGCACUAGCGGGAUGAGUGGGUGUUCCGGUGGGGAUGUGGUCCUUGACGGCCAAUGAGGACGAGAGCACUACGGCCCACUUCUUCCUUGGAGCUGGAGAUGAGGGGUUGGGCACCUGUGGACUAGGCAUGAGGACAGAAGAGAGUGACAGUGAACUCCUUGAGGACGAGGAGGAUGAGGUGCCCCCAGAACCUCAAAUUAUUGUUGGCAUCUGUGCCAUGACCAAGAAAUCCAAGUCCAAGCCAAUGACCCAAAUCCUAGAGCGACUCUGCAGAUUUGACUACCUGACUGUUGUCAUCCUGGGAGAAGAUGUGAUCCUAAAUGAACCUGUGGAGAACUGGCCGUCCUGCCACUGCCUCAUCUCUUUCCACUCCAAAGGCUUUCCUCUGGACAAAGCUGUGGCUUACUCCAAGCUUCGAAACCCCUUCCUUAUCAAUGACCUGGCCAUGCAGUAUUACAUCCAAGAUAGGAGGGAGGUGUACCGGAUCCUACAGGAGGAAGGUAUUGAUCUGCCACGAUAUGCUGUCCUCAACCGUGACCCCGCCUGUCCUGAGGAGUGCAGCCUGAUAGAAGGUGAAGACCAGGUGGAGGUUAAUGGAGCUGUUUUUCCCAAGCCUUUUGUGGAGAAGCCAGUGAGUGCAGAGGACCACAAUGUUUACAUCUACUACCCCAGCUCUGCUGGAGGAGGAAGCCAGCGCCUCUUCCGUAAGAUCGGCAGCCGGAGCAGCGUGUACUCUCCUGAGAGCAGUGUGCGGAAGACAGGAUCAUACAUCUAUGAGGAGUUCAUGCCGACAGAUGGCACAGAUGUCAAGGUGUACACAGUGGGGCCAGAUUAUGCCCACGCCGAAGCUAGAAAGUCUCCAGCCUUGGAUGGGAAGGUUGAACGAGACAGUGAGGGGAAAGAGGUUCGAUAUCCAGUCAUGUUGACCGCCAUGGAAAAGCUGGUGGCCAGGAAGGUCUGCGUAGCUUUUAAGCAAACAGUUUGUGGAUUUGACCUUCUUCGUGCCAACGGUCACUCUUUUGUGUGUGACGUCAAUGGCUUUAGCUUUGUCAAGAACUCAAUGAAGUACUAUGAUGACUGUGCCAAGAUUCUGGGGAACACUAUUAUGCGGGAGCUUGCCCCACAGUUCCAGAUACCGUGGUCCAUCCCCACAGAAGCUGAGGACAUUCCCAUUGUCCCUACCACAUCUGGCACUAUGAUGGAACUCCGUUGUGUCAUCGCCAUCAUCCGUCAUGGAGAUAGAACCCCAAAGCAGAAGAUGAAGAUGGAGGUGACGCACCCGAGGUUUUUUGCUCUAUUUGAAAAACAUGGUGGAUAUAAGACGGGAAAAUUAAAACUUAAGCGGCCGGAGCAGCUCCAGGAGGUGCUGGACAUUACGAGGCUGUUGUUGGCAGAGCUGGAGAAGGAGCCGGAAGCAGAGAUUGAGGAGAAGACGGGGAAGCUGGAACAGCUGAAGUCCGUGCUGGAGAUGUACGGUCACUUCUCAGGUAUUAAUCGGAAGGUGCAGUUGACCUACUACCCCCACGGAGUGAAAGCCUCGAACGAGGGGCAAGGUCUGCAGAGAGAGCCACUGGCACCCUCUCUCUUGCUGGUGCUGAAGUGGGGUGGAGAGCUGACACCCGAUGGCCGUGUUCAGGCCGAGGAGCUGGGGCGAGCUUUCCGUUGCAUGUAUCCCGGAGGCCAGGGUGACUAUGCCGGCUUCCCUGGCUGUGGGCUGCUUCGUCUCCAUAGUACUUUCCGUCAUGACCUCAAGAUCUACGCCUCUGAUGAGGGCCGCGUCCAGAUGACUGCUGCUGCCUUUGCAAAGGGCCUCUUAGCUCUAGAAGGGGAGCUUACACCCAUUUUGGUACAAAUGGUGAAGAGUGCCAACAUGAAUGGCCUACUGGACAGUGACAGUGACUCCCUGAGCAGCUGCCAGCACCGUGUGAAGGCGCGACUGCACCACAUUCUGCAGCAGGAUGCUCCCUUUGGCCCCGAGGACUAUGACCAGCUGGCUCCAACUGGAAGUACGUCUCUGCUCAACUCCAUGUCUGUAAUCCAGAAUCCUGUGAAAGUCUGUGAUCAGGUAUUUGCCCUGAUUGAAAACCUUACCCACCAGAUUCGGGAACGGAUGCAAGACCCCAGCUCUGUAGACCUGCAGCUCUACCACAGUGAGACACUAGAGCUAAUGCUACAGCGUUGGAGCAAACUAGAGCGUGACUUUCGACAAAAGAGCGGGCGCUAUGAUAUCAGUAAGAUCCCUGAUAUCUAUGACUGUGUCAAGUAUGAUGUACAACACAACGGGAGUCUGGGACUUCAAGGCACAGCCGAGUUGCUACGUCUUUCCAAAGCUCUGGCCGAUGUGGUCAUUCCCCAGGAGUAUGGGAUCAGUAGAGAGGAGAAAGUGGAGAUUGCUGUGGGCUUCUGCCUUCCACUGCUGCGGAAAAUCCUACUUGACCUGCAGAGAACUCACGAGGACGAGUCUGUCAACAAGCUGCAUCCCCUGUACUCACGUGGAGUGCUCUCCCCAGGCCGCCAUGUUCGAACUCGGCUCUAUUUCACCAGUGAGAGUCACGUUCACUCCUUACUCAGUGUCUUCCGUUAUGGGGGACUUCUCGAUGAGACCCAGGAUGCACAGUGGCAGCGAGCCUUGGCUUAUCUUAGUGCCAUCUCAGAGCUCAACUACAUGACCCAGAUUGUUAUCAUGCUUUAUGAGGACAACACACGGGACCCCUUGUCAGAGGAGCGGUUCCAUGUGGAGCUACAUUUCAGCCCUGGAGUGAAAGGAGUUGAGGAAGGCAGUGUCCCAGCUGGCUGUGGAUUCCGUCCAGCCUCUUCUGAGAAUGAGGAGAUGAAAACAGAUCCAGGCAGCAUGGAGAACCUGUGCCCAGGGAAGGCAGCAGAUGAACCAGACAGAGCACUGCAGACCUCACCCCAACCUGUUGAGGGCACUGGCCUCCCAAGGAGAUCACCCCUCAUUCGUAAUCGAAAAGCUGGAUCCAUGGAGGUCAUGAACAUGCAGUGCACGGGGAACCUGGACCUGAUCCCCUUGAGGGGACGGCGCCGUAGGAGGUCAGGAGACCUCCCCAGGCUUUCCCCAGCCAUCAGCCUACAGCCCCGGGCUGUGUCCACCACUCACCUGGCUUCCUGUACACAGGUGCUGUCUGAAACUUCAUCUUCAAGACCCGGUGGCUACCGGCUGUUUUCAUCUUCACGGCCACCAACAGAGAUGAAGCAGAGCGGCCUAGGCUCACAGUGCACAGGGCUGUUCAGCACCACAGUGCUGGGUGGCUCCUCCAGCGCUCCGAAUCUACAGGACUACGCCCGCACCCAUGGCAAAAAGCUCCCGCCUGCCAGUCUAAAGCACCGAGAUGAGCUGCUGGAUGACCAGCACCCUGUGGUCCGGCUGCUGCGCACUCUUUCCUCUGACUGCCCAAGGGGCUGGCCAGUCUCCUUGGAUGCCACGCUGGCGCACCACCUGCACCAGUGCUCCUACCACCUGCGCCUCUUCCGGAACUGGCUGCGCUCAGGCCAGGAUGACCCCGAGUGCCUCUACGGAUUUGAAGGGUGCUCCAUGGUACCUACCAUCUAUCCCCUGGAGACACUGCACAAUGCCCUUUCCUUGCGCCAAGUGAGUGAAUUCUUGACUAAAGUCUGCCAGCGCCACACUGAUGCCCAUGCACAGGCAUCUGCAGCCCUCUUUGACUCUAUGCACAACCACCAGGCCUCAGAUAGCCCGUUCUCCCCACCCCGCACUCUUCAUUCGCCACCCCUGCAACUUCGGCAUCGCUCUGAAAAGCCACCUUGGUACAGCAGCGGGCCUUCCAGCACUGUGUCCAGUGCUGGCCCUUCCUCUCCUACUGCAGUAGAUGGAAACUCACACUUUGGCUUCAGUGAUCAGUCCUCUGUAAAUACACAUAUGACUGAAGAAAAGCAAGGCCUUGGGUUGCUCCAGGGGUCUCCUGGAGAUGGAACACGAGAGUUCCACAUAGAAAGACAACAAGAACUUGUUGAGCCAACUCAGUCCCUUCAAGAGCUACCUGUGGAAAUCUGCCCUUCAGGAAGUCAGGAUGUUACCGAGGUCAGCCAGACAUGCCAGGAGGUCCCAGACAUCACCCAGCUGUGCCACGACAUCCUUGAGGAGAUUGGCCAGCCUAAGCAGGAGGUCCCUGACAUCAGUCAGCUGUUGCUGAAGGACCAUGACACUACUACCAACACAUGCCACCCGCGCCAGGCCAGCCAGCUGUCUCAGAAAGUUUGUGAGGAAAUUUGCCAGCUUUGUCAAGACAACCCUGAGGAGAGUAACCAGCUAUGCCAGGAAGUCUCAGUAGAACUGGGCAGGAUGGUCCAUGGAUUCCCUGUAAGUGUUGGUAGCAUGGCCCAGGAAACCCUUAUGGAAACUGGCAGGCCAACCCAAGAGAUCCCUGAAGAUCCAUACCAGGAGUUCUCUGUGAAGGUUGGCAUGCUGGCUCAGAAGGCCCCUGCCAUCAGUGAGCUAUCUCAAGACAUCCCUGAGGCUGACAAACCAUCCCAAGAGCUCUCUGAGGAGACUGAUCUGCAGGCUCAGGAGGUCUCUGAGGAGAUUGAUCAGGAGUCUAAGGUAGUUGAUGAGCUGCCUCCUAAGGAUAUCUCCUAAGUUCGAUGUCUACCCAGUGAUAUAAACACUGAAAGCCAGUCUCUGGCCAUGACCAGCACUCACCCGUCCACCAGCACCAUGUGACUUGUAGUCUUGUCAUUGGUUUCCCACUCUACCAGCUCUUUGUGCUAGCAGCCUUUCUGUUGGUUAACACACAGAGCCCCAUGCAAGGUGUGGGCUCACACCAGCAGUGUCUGAGAAAGCAGGCCUUGUGUCAUGAAACAUACUUCUGCCAGAGCUUAUGCCCAUGGAGGAGCCGUUGAUGUUCGGAGAAGUUGUUGGCUCUUCUCUUAGCCAUGGAGUGGGAAAUCAUAGUUUGUUGGAGGAAAUGCCACUUAACUGCUGAAGAUACCAUGCUGAGGGACAGCAGAUAUAACAUGGAAGGUGGCAGGGUCUCUACUUGUUGACUGAAAUAUUCACAACUUUUUAGGGUACCCUCAGUCCAUAUGUGCAUUCAAGGAAACUGUUAACUUCACUAUCACUAGCGCAGGGGAACCACCUGAAAUGUCUGGAAAAUAGAGUUCCAAUCUCAAAAACAUCUGUCGUGGCCACUCAUGGUUUAGACUGAGCUCAUGGGUGUUUCCAUGUAAUUGCCAAGUGCUCCCCUGCCUAGUCCUACUCCUGUGGACAUCAGCUCAAGAGAAAAAUAGAUAUUAGAUUGCCAUGCAACUUCAGAGUGACUACUUAGACUGCUCUGGGAGAUUUGCAUCAAUCUAUGAAGCCAGGCCUCCUUUUAUUGUGGGGCUGUUGGGCUUAGAAGAUGCUGUAAUAGAGAGAAUCAAGUUCUAUUUUAAACAAUUAGCAGAGAUCAAUGUUGUACAGACAUGAGCAAAGAUUUAAUAUAUAUAUAUAUAUAAACAUAUAUAUUUCUGUAGUUUUCCAGGGACAGACUGGCCAAAGAUCAAACACUCCAGGGUCCCCAAGAGGUUUGUCCUUAUAUCAUGUGUCUUUAUGACCAUAUGUGAUUACGAAGCUUUUCCCAAAGAUCUAGGGAUGGGAGUGGGUGUGGGUAAUGCAGUCAUUGGAAUCUGGGGCCGGAACAUGACAAGUGCUCAAUAAAUACAAAAUAAUGAGAA